UUUCCCUGUUGUGAGUGAGGCCCAGCCCUUUAAAGCCAUGGCUCCGUCUUUCUGGCCUGCUGUGUACUGAGACCGGAGAGCUGAGGGGGCCCUGGGUGCUGGGAGUAGGCACAAGUGGGCUGUGACAGGAGCUGCCUGGAGAUGCUGCUGCUGUUCCUGCUGCUGUUCCUGCUGCUGUUCCUGCUGUUGUUUCUGCUGCCACCACUGGCCGUGCUCCGGCAGCAGCAGUCCCGGGGUCCCAGCCUGUCCUGGCUUGCCCGCCUCCAGCACCAUGUGGCAUGGGGGCUUCUGUGUUGGGUAGCCGCUUGGCAGCAGCGGAGACUGGAGCAGAGAACGCUGCACGUGAGCCAGAGCCAGCAGCAGGCUCUGAGGUCGUGUCUGAAGAGAGCCCAGGGUCCCCGAAGUCCCCUCAGGGGGAGCACAGAUAUGAGCACCUUCCGGAAUCAUUUCCCUCUGACCAAGGCCAGCCAGGCCCAGGAGGAAGAAAAUGGGGGGCAGGUCCCUACCUCAAACCAGCACCAUGGGGAGGCCUCUCUGCAGGCCACCUUGCUGGGUCUGGCAGCCCUAAAGAAGGCCUACCCGGAAGCGCUGGCUCCAGGAGGCAAGGCCUGUGUGACUCCCGCUUCCCCCUGGCCGCACCCCCUCCCCUGGCCUUGGCAUGCCCUCAGCCAGGUUAGCUCCCCUGGAUCCAAGGACCCUGAGGCCCUGCUACUGGAAGCAUUGAGGUCCCCAGGGUUGCGGGCACUGGAAGCUGGGACGGCAGUUGAACUCCUGGACGUCUUCUCUGGCCUGGAGGCCAAUGGCGAAGAGCUGGCUGAGGCAAUAGCCGCUGGGAACCCAGGAGCACCUCUCCCCAGACGGGCAGCUGAGCUGCAGGAGGCCCUAGAGCAGGGACCCCGAGGACUGGCCCUGCGGCUCUGGCCAAAGCUGCAGGUGGUGGUGACUCUAGAUGCAGGAGGCCAGGCCGAAGCUGUGGCUGCCCUGGGGGCCUUGUGGUGCCAAGGGCUAGACUUCUUCUCUCCAGCUUAUGCUGCCUCUGGAGGAGUGGUGGGCCUGAACCUGUGGCCAGAGCAGCCCCGUGGGCUCUAUGUCCUGCCCCCUGGUACUCCAUUGAUUGAGCUGCUCCCAGUCAAGGAAGAACCCCAAGAAGAGGCUGCCACCACUGUCCUGCUGGCCAAGGCCCAGAAAGGCAAGGAGUACAAACUGGUGCUGACUGACCAUGCCAGUCUUACCAGGUGCUGCCUGGGUGAUGUGGUACGGGUGGUUGGUGCCUACAAUCAGUGUCCAGUCGUCAGGUUCAUCGGCAGGCUGGGCCAGACCCUGAGUGUUCGAGGAGAAGACAUUGGCGAGGAUAUGUUCUCCGAGGCCCUGGGCCGGGCGGUGGGGCAGUGGCCAGGGGCCAAGCUGUUGGACCAUAGCUGUGUGGAGAGCAGCAUUCUGGAUUCCUCUGGGGGCUCUGCUCCCCACUAUGAGGUGUUUGUGGCACUGAGAGGGCUGAGGAACCUGUCAGAGGAAAAUCGAGACAAGCUCGACCACUGCCUUCAAGAAAUCUCUCCCUGCUACAAGUCCCUGAGGUUCCGGGGCAGUGUGGGUCCUGCCAGAGUCCACCUGGUGGGGCAGGGGGCCUUUAGAGCACUCCGGGAAGCCCUCGCUGCCUGCCCCUCAUCCCCCUUCCCUCCUGAGAUGCCCCGGGUCCUUAGGCACAGGUCCCUGGCCCAGCUCCUGCAGAGGAGGGUGGUGUCCUGAGCUGAGGCCUGCCCACUACCCCAUUCACCCCCAGAGGCUGCCUCACUCUUUCCUCUGGGGCCUUUCUGGAUAGGGAACCCUCGGCCAGGGUCUUUGACUCCGUGUCACCUGACAGUUGCCCAUCAGAGCUGCUGGGCCUUAGGAAGGUCUGACCCAGUCAGCCAGUUGUGAGGUGACUUCAGGGGGAUAGCAGAUGCCAGCAGCGCCCUGCGAGGAGCCCCCUCAGCCUACCCUGGAGGACACUGCUAGAGAGUUCCCAUACACGCUGAUGGCUCCUGUGUCUCUCAGCCCAGUGCUCUGGGCAGGAUGGAAGUGUUGGGAGUUCACGUUCCCAGGAGCAACCUUCAGUCAGCAAGGAAGAGGCGUUGUGAAUACUGACCUCAGCUUCAUUGUCUCUCAGCGCGACAACUCAGAAGUGUAUUCCGUAACCCUCUCGUUUACACAGUUCUUACUCGCUUUCCUCCCAUCCUUACUCCAUUAUGUGUUUUCUAGGAUCACCUCCCAAAUAAACCUCUUACACCCAGA